AUGAGCAAAGAUUAUUAUUCCAUACUAAAGCUGGAUCACAAAGCUACAGAUGCAGAUAUAUGUAAAGCAUAUCGCCAUUUAGCUAUUUCAUGGCAUCCAACAAACCAUCCAAAAGACUACGUCCCAGCUUUAAACCGCUUUCAUCUCCUUGCAGAAGCAUAUGAAGUUUUAAGUGACCCUGUAAAAAGAAGCAUAUAUGAUCAGUCCGGAGAAUUUGGCUUAAAAGAAGGCAUCAAUGAAGGGAAUGGGAGCUUUUCAGGCGGCUAUUGCUAUACUGGAAAUGCAUAUAAAAUUUUUGAAAACUUUUUUGGGACUAUUAAUCCUCUUUUUGAAGCAUAUGGGGAAAAUACAAAUAAUCUGCAUUUAUUGAUUAAAUUAUUAUCAUAUUUAAAUAUAAAAACACUAGUCCUAAAUUCAUUAAUUAAUAGAUCCCAACCCACAAUUUUUUAUGUAUUUUAAUUCUAUUUAAGGCAUAUUUUGAACUUAUGCAAUAUCAGUCUUAAAGAAGAUCAGACUUCUGAAGAGCCACCUAAAGACCUUAUCGUCGAAAUUCCCUGCACCUUAACUGAAUUAUACCUAGGCUGCCAAAAAAAGAUUGACUAUGAAAAAUUGAUUCUAGCUGAAGACAGUACUAUUAGAUCAAUAAAGGAAUCAAAGACAAUAGAAAUCAAAAAAGGCUACUCAAAAGACACAAAAAUAAUAUUUUAUGGAAAAGGAAAUGAAGCAGCCAUGUUCCCCAGUAGUAAUUUAAUUUUCCAGAUAGUGGAGCUUCCUGACCAAAAUUUCAAAAGAAUUGGAAAUGAUUUGGUUUAUUCUGUUCAAAUUUCACUGAUAAAUGCAAUAUUAGCUGAACCUGUUCAUAUUGUAAGCUAUAUAUAGACCACUUUGGAUAAAAGAAUUAUUACAGUUUCGCCUGAUGAAGUAAUAGGGACUAAAAGCAGAAAAUUAAUCGAAAAUGAAGGAAUGCCGAUUUUUAAGGAGAUUGAGCAAGGGAAUGAGCCAAAAAAGUUCGGAUUAGACAAAAGAUCAGUAGAAAAGGGAAACUUGAUUGUGAAGUUUACAGUAAAUUAUCCGAAAUAUAUCCCUGAAAGCAGUAAGCAGGCUUUAUGCAAACUAUACCAUGCCUUAAUAAAUUGCAUAUAGUCCCAAUAUUUUUCUUGCAAAAAAUUAAAGCAUAAUUCUUUUAAAAAAAUUUUUUAACUUAAUCUAAAUCUGUAUACUUAUAAGCUAA